CGCUGGCUCACUCGCGCCUGUUUGCACACCCCGCCGGGCUCCGAGGGCAGCGGAGAGGACGAGGAGGACGACGACGAGGACGACGCCGACUACUACGAGAACCUGCCCGGCGGCUCCCAGCCCUCGCCCGAGCCUGAGGGGGCGGAGGCGGAGCGGUGGCCCCCGCCUCCCCCGGCGGCGGGCUCCUCCCCGGGGGCGGAGGGCGGCCGCCUGGAGACAGGCAGGCUGCAGACCCAGUUGCGAGAGGCCUAUUAUCUGCUGAUCCAGGCCAUGCACGACCUGCCCCCUGACUCGGGCGCGCGGCGGGGCGACCGGGGCUGGGCGGAUCGCGGGUGCCCUGCGGGAGCCUGGGCUCGGGGCCAGCCGCCUUCCCCCUGCGGCGCAGCGGACUGCCGAGCCGGCCCCCAAGACUGGGAGGGGGGAGGCGGCGGCCGCCCUUGGCAGCAGGUGUCUCCGCCCUGGUCGCCUCCGAGGGAGUCGGGGGGAGGCCGCCCGCGGACUCCUCGGAUGCAGCUGUCCUGCAGCAGAAGCCUCGACAGUCUCGGGGUAGGUGCCAAGCCGCCUCCCUUCCAGCGGUGGCGCAGCGACAGCUGGAUCAGGUGCGGCGCGCGCGGGGACCCGGACGAGCCCCCGCCACGUGGAGACGGGAUGGAAGGCUGGAGCGGAGGCAGCGCCCGGGCCGCGGCACCCUCCGGCCUUCGGACUCCUGUCUCCGAGGACCCCGGCCGCUCCUCGGGAAGUCCUUUCCGGGAUCCUGCGGGGUCCUCUGUGAUCCGCCACGGCAAAGGAGACGGCCAGGAGGGGCUCCCCUUCCUCAAACCGCCCGCAGUGACAGUCAAAAAGCUGCAGAAGUGGAUGUACAAAGGACGCCUGCUGUCCCUGGGAAUGAAGGGUCGCGCCCGUGGGACACCCCCCGAAGUCGCGGAAGCGCAAGCAAUCUCUCCAAAUCUGGGCACUUUGAAAAUGCAGGAAAGUCAAGUCCUCUCGGUGCCUCCAAACCAAAGAAUUACGCUGACAGAUUUAUUUGAAAAUGUCUAUGGGUCGUCAAUGAAGAGACGAGACUUCGAAGAUUUGAAGGAUAAUAUGGACUUCAGGGGUCAUAAGCCACUUAAUAGCAUCACUGUGUCAAAAAAACGCAACUGGCUGUAUCAGAGUACUUCGAGGUCUUUUAAUUUGGAAGAAGAAAAUAAGAAAUGCCAAGAGAUAAGCCAUUUAUCCAUCUCACCUGUUUCUCUACCUAAACAUCAGCUAUCACGCCCUUUCCUCAGAUCACCUGAAGAAUAUUGUACGUAUAUGGUGUGCAGUGCUGCAGGUUCUUCAUUAUCAAGGAACUGCUCACUAGAUUGUAAUGAGGAGAAUGAUGCGGAUGAUGAAGGAGAGAUAUGGUACAACCCCAUCCCUGAGGAUGACGACUUUGGUAUAUCAAGUGCCCUGAGUUUUGGUGAGGUGGACUCUGCUGUGCUGAAGUUUCCUGCUGUCAGUGUGAGAGUAGUAUCUGGAGGUGACCUCGUGAAAGCCGAGCAGCACGCUGAAGACUUGCUGGGCUCCUCUGAACGUGGAGGCGAUGUUCAGACCACACAGCCACAUGAAGUGACUCCUGUAGAUCCCAUCCAUUCCACAGAGCUUGUGCACCAGCACACGCAAAGGCAUGGACACAAGACACAAGAAGCUAUAAUGGUAGACGAGAGUCCCAUGUUGAGAUCUCCUCUUGCAGGUCCUGGGAUCCUAGCUGCUACAAAUAAGACUGAAUUGGGAGUUAUAGAACCAUCUCCAAGCCCUAGCUCUGUGAAGAAAGGCAGUUCAAUUAAUUGGUCUUUUCCAGAUAAAAUAAAAUCUCCACGAACUGUGAGGAAACUUUCCAUGAAAAUGAAAAGGUUGCCAGAACUUAGCCGAAAACUGAGCGUUAAAGGAACCUUGAAUUAUGUAAACAGUCCAGAUAAUAGUCCUUCCUUGUCUAAAUGUAACUGUCAAGAAAUUCAUCACGCAGUUAUUCUGCCUUCUGGGAACACAACCACAGCUGCUAGGAGGAAUGUUAUAAGUCGGUACCAUCUUGAUACCAGUGUGUCUUCUCAGCACAGCUACCAGAAGAUAACUUCUGUGAGUUCUAAGUAUUCCUGCAAAGGUGGUUACCUCAGUGAUGGAGAUUCACCUGAACUUAUAGCUAAAUCUAGCAAACAUGGAUCUGAAAACAAGUUUGCAAGAGGAAAAGAAAUAAUUCCAAAUAAUUGCAGCAAGAAUGAGAUAGACAUUGACGCUUUUAGACAUUACAGCUUUUCUGAUCAGCCCAAGUGCUCACAGUACAUAUCGGGGCUCAUGAGCGUGCACUUCUAUGGUGCUGAGGACUUAAAACCACCUCGCAUAGAUUCAAGAGAUGUCUUCUGUGCAAUUCAGGUCGAUUCAGUAAACAAAGCCAGAACAGCUUUGCUUACGUGCCGGACAACAUUUUUAGACAUGGAUCACACUUUCAACAUAGAAAUUGAAAACGCACAGCAUUUGAAAUUAGUAGUAUUCAGUUGGGAGCCCACUCCAAGAAAAAACCGAGUGUGUUGCCAUGGAACUGUUGUUCUUCCCACCUUAUUCAGAGUGACAAAGACACAUCAGUUGGCUGUCAAACUUGAACCCAGAGGUCUUAUUUAUGUGAAGGUGACUCUUUUGGAACAGUGGGAGAAUUCACUUCAUGGACUAGAUGCAAAUCGAGAACCAGAAAUAUUUGGCGUUGAUAUUCGAAAAGUUGUAGAGAAAGAAAACACAGGCUUGAUGGUACCACUCCUGAUUCAGAAAUGUAUUAUGGAAAUUGAAAAGAGAGGCUGUCAGGUGGUAGGCCUGUACCGAUUGUGCGGUUCGGCAGCCGUCAAGAAAGAACUUCGAGAGGCUUUUGAGAGGGAUAGCAAAGCCGUCGGUCUGUGUGAAAACCAGUACCCAGAUAUAAAUGUGAUAACAGGUGUUCUUAAGGAUUAUUUAAGAGAACUUCCUUCUCCUCUGAUAACAAAGCAGCUUUAUGAGGCCGUAUUAGAUGCAAUGACCAAAAAUCCUUUGAAGAUGUCAUCAAAUGGUUGUGAGAAUGACCCAAGUGACUCUAAGUACACGGCUGACCUGCUGGACUGUCUGCCUGACGUGGAGAAGGCAACCCUAAUGAUGUUGUUGGAUCAUUUGAAAUUGGUGGCUUCUUAUCACGACGUGAAUAAGAUGACUUGCCAGAACUUGGCUGUGUGCUUUGGACCAGUACUGUUGAGUCAGAGGCAAGAGACGGCCACCCAUAACAACAGAGUCUUCACUGAUUCGGAAGAACUCGCGAGUGCUUUGGAUUUUAAAAAACACAUUGAAGUUCUUCAUUACUUACUGCAACUCUGGCCAGUGCAACGUUUAACUGUCAAAGAAUCAGAGCAGAAGUCUUCUCUAAAUUAUUUGAGGCGGAAGAAAGAACGACCUUACCUGUUACAUUUGAGUGGUGCUGGUUCAUCAGGAGUACUCAGGCCAAGGCAGACCAGGUUAGACAGCCCACUUAGUAACCGUUACGCAGGAGACUGGAGCAGCUGCGGAGAAGACUACUUUUUAAAUGCAAAAGAAAACUUAAAUGAUGUGGAUUAUGAUGAUGUCCCUUCAGAAGACAGAGAAAAUGGAGAAAACUGUAGCAAAAUGUGUGAACCAGGUAUCAUGAUUGAACAGCCAACUCCCAUGUCCAAAGAGUGCACAUUUCAGACAUACUUGACGAUGCAGACAAUUGAGUCUACUGUGGACCAAAAAGUCAAUCUCAAAGAUCUACAAGAAAGUAUUGACACUUUGAUUGGAAAUCUGGAGCGUGAGCUCAACAAAAACAAGCUUAAUAUGAGUGUUUGAGGUUGAGAGCGUUUAUUUUUUCAUGAUGUCUUAAGUUUUAAAUCAAUCUUUCUUACUUUCUUGUCUCUCUCACAGUGAUGUCUUAAGUUUUUUUUUCCUGAAACCUCCAGUUACUUUCUAACAAGUUCAUGUGAUUCAAUUAAAAACACCAUUCAUUAACAUAAUUUUUACUGAUUUCAUUAGAAAAUUCUCCUUGGGGUGAAGAUAACUUGGACUUCUUGUGGAUAUUUUGUUAAAUCUUGCCAGUUCUAUGGACAUAACUUUAAAAUGCACUUCUAAAGUUCAGAGAAGUUACUAGCCCCUCAGGAUUUUUGUGCUUUACAGGAACUGCUUUUCUGGAGCUGAAGCAGAUGUUCUGUCUGGAGGAGUGUUGCAGCUGCUCAGUCUGAUUUGCGGUCCGAGUUCAUGCACACUGCAACAUCAUUCGAUCACUUUUCAUUUGCAAUGCAAAUGCUGCUAUAAGAAAACCUUUUUAUAAAUAAAAGUAAAAUUAUACAAAUAUUAAUGUAUUCUUAUUAACAUUCAGUAAUUAUUUAAGCUUAUAAAAUUCAAUAUUUUUAUAAUCCCCCAAAUAUGUAUAUAUUUAUAAGUGCAUAUAUGUAUAGGAAUUAGAUGCGGGGAGGGACUGGCUGCAGAAUCACAUGUAUCUUUAAAAUAUAUGUCAUGAGGCCAAAAUCAUUAGUUUAAAAAAGUCUUUUUCAGGGGAAGAACAUUUAAGUUAAAGGAGGAGUUGCAUAGAAACACUUGAGCGAAAACACUAGAAGCAUCUGAAUAGAAAAAAUAGGCUUCCCUUUUUUGAGUCACAGAAAGUCACAGUAUCUCCAGUGAGAAGUCGUCUUUUAAAUUGAAAUGUAAUUUUUUAAGGUAUUAAGUGCCGAGACUUCUGCACUGUUGACUUUAAUUUAAAAAAUCUUCACCUGUUCUAUGCAUUUUUAUGUCCUGCUUUUUAAAACAAGGUAAUUAUUCUUAGAACAUAUUUAUUUGUAAUAGUACAUAUACAACAUUGAUUUUAUAAUUACUUUCAUUUGUUUCAAAAGAAAUCUUGCCAGCAUACCACGUUAUUGAUUUUUAAAAAUUAACUUAUUUUGGCUAAGUAUAUCUACAAGAUAGUCAUAGCAAUCACAACAGUGUCUGAAAAUGUAAAUUUAGAGGACUUUUUAAAUUAAAUUGGAAUAUAUUUUUUUAAACUUUUAUACCUACAGAAUGUGUAAUUUAAAAAUUAUAAAUAAAAUUUGAAUUACCAACUUAAGAUGUAGCAGCCAUUAAAAAAACUGAUUUCUUGAUGUUUUUCUAAAUAUUAAGGUAUUUAACUAUUUCUAUGCAAUAUACAUUGGUAAAUGGAACACCUUGUUAUUUAAUUUGCAAUUUUACUUGUUAAAAAACCAGAUAAAUAACUAUUUUUAUAUGAAACUUUCAUUUUUUAAAGCUUUGUGUAACAAUUCAGAAGAAUACCAAAAGAAUAUGUGGUAGAUAUAUAUAUAUGAGUAAGCAGUCAAAAGUAACGUACCUUAAAUGUUUUGUAAGAAGACUGUGUCAGUCUUCUUUCUGUUUGCUGUAUCGCGCAUAUUAUAUGAGUUGAGUAAGUUGUUCCAGAAAUGUAAAAGUUUUAUUAAAGUAUUAUAACCUUGGUGUCAUCCUAUUAAUAUUAUAAUGAUUUCAAGGAUCACUUAUUUUAAAGUCUUUUUUUUUUAAAGAACAUGUUAAAGUAUUGGACCAUAAUAUAUUAUCCAUAAAUAUAUGUAAUAACAUUUUUUUUCAACUAAAAUUCAGUUUUACAGAACCUGCAGGACUUUAAGGACCACACUUAUUUUGUUACAUUAUUUUGGAUGGGAAUAGUUUUAAAGUUAAUCACUGCCAUCUUAAAUAGAAAAUGCUAAAUUUGUUGUUUAAAUCACUGUCAUAAUAAAUCUCUUUUAUUGACUCUGCUGUA